CUAAACCACAUGCCCUUCAAAAUAAGGGCGCCAUAAGUUAAAUAACACACUGGUCUUCAAGUUUGAGGGAACGGUCGAAACCUCGUAACCCCUCGGCAUUCCAUUCCCAUAAAUAAAUGGGCACCACCAGAUCAUCUCUCACGCGCAUGCUACGCGCCGCCGUCUCCCACCGUAUAACAACCCCAACCCUCCCCCAUCCCGACAACAACCUCCACCACAUCCUCACAUCAACUUCCACCCUCUUCUCGGCACCUCCUGACCACUUCAACCCCCGCAUUUCAAACCCCCACUUCUUCUCCACCUCCCGGCGCGUGGAAUCACGCGCCACCAAACCUGACCUCCUCCGGCUCCUUAGCAAGCCAUGGGUUUCACGUGGCACCAAAUCUAAACUCCGCCGGCUUUACAAGAAGCUUGUCAACGGAAUGCGUAGAGUGAUAAUACAUAUUUGUGUAACAGGAGUAAGCAUAAUCAUGCUGGGCCAAUUUUUGGCCAAAUAUUGUGAAAGUCUGGAUCAUGAAAUGGGAACGAAGUUUAGCGGAUCAUUACCAGAUUAUCUUCGCAAGGGACACACAGUUGUGAUUGAUGGUUUCAUUAAACCAGUUAGCACAUGUGGUGAACUGUCUAAGGGCUUUGAGUACUAUUAUGCGGUUACUGAGGUCUUAUCUGAGCCUCAUGAAAUUGUUGCUGCCAUGGCUGGAAAUAAGCACAUUAUUAAUGUCAAACAAAAUGUUGCUACCGAGGGGGAGGAGCUCAACAUCGGUUGCAUAACUGCGGAGGACAAAGUCUCAGAUGAUGUUGCCAAUCCGUCAACCACCCCUGGCGAAUUGGUCUUGGAAGGAAGAGUAAAGCAGUCAGUGGUAUUCUCCUGGAUGGCUAAAGUAGAAAUUGAACGAAAGCUUUGGGAAGUGUUAUACGAUUUUGAAGGCUUAGGAGAUGCAUUGCGAGAGGGACACUCGGUUUUUGUCAAGAGGUCUGUUAAACCAGUUAAGCAUCAGGAAAUGGAGGAGGAAGAUAAGUCGGGUAAAAUUGUGGCAGUCAAAGUUUGGGAUCGGGAAUGUAAUAUCUCGGCUGAGGUGUUAGCUAAGCAUGAUGGGAAGUGUAUGCCACAGGAUGCUCCUGCUGUUGCAAUUGAAGACUAACAAAACUAUCACAGAGUAGCAGAAAACAGUGGUGAAUUUUAUCCAUGUUUAUUUUCUGAAUCCUAACAGUUAUUUUGCGUUUUAGUUAUAAGAGUUGGUAUCUGUGCAAGACUGCCAUGUUUAUUUGCAGUUGUGAUGCGUAUAUAUCUUGGGUCCGGAUUGUUGACAUCGCUUUUUGCAGCAAUAUUUCGGUAGAAUUUUAUCUCGAAGGGACAUAACACCUGCUUUUUUGACGUAUAUGCAGAGGAUGUGUCACUUAUCCACGCUUUAGACACCCAUUCUAGGAUAUUAGAUAUUGGUCUUCCCGUUGUAAAAAAGCGCAGAAAGCUUGUUGUCAAAUUGUCACGGAA